UUAAGACAGUCUGCAAACUGUUUCUUCUCAGCUUUUACAGAAAACUUGCUACCAAACAUAACAUCGAGCACUGUCCUCUACUUAGAGCCGACCAUGCAGGCAGCUCUAACUUUGGCCUCUCUGAGCCUCUUGGUGUUGCCGUCUGAUCUCUGUCCACCUGCCUGCCGGUGUCUCUACAACCUGACCACUGUUACAUGUCGAGGAAAAGGACUACAGCAGAUCCCUGAGCUGCCCGGGACCACGGAGAAGCUCUACAUCUCAAACAAUAAGAUACAGGAAGUACCGGAAAAUGGGCUGAAUAUGCUGCAGGUCCUGGACCUAACACAGAACCAGCUAAGUGUCUUCCUUUCACUAAACCCAGUUUGCCCCAAUAUGACGAAGCUAACUAAGCUCCUCCUGCGUGACAACAACCUGAAGAAUUUACACCCUGGUCAGUUCCUGAACUGCCCAGCUCUCAGCUUAUUGGAUCUGAGUAAGAACCAGAUCAAACAUUUACCAGUUGGAUUCCUCUAUGAACUGGCUAAUCUGAAGAUGCUGUUUUUGACAUAUAACCAGAUUGAAACGCUACAGGCAGGUGUCCUGGAGGGAGCCCUCAACCUCACUGAACUCCAUCUCAGCUACAACUGUAUAACACAGAUAGAAGACAAUGUUUUCAGGAGCUCUGCUGAGUUACAGAAACUUUUCCUGUCUAAUAAUAGAAUCAGAAAUGUGGGAAAGGCUGGUUUCAGAGGAGCAACAGGUCUCGAACACCUUGACCUUAGUGGUAACCAGUUGGAAGAAGUUCCAUUGGAGGCAUUAAGAGAUUUAAAAAAGCUUAAGCUUCUGAAUCUAGCCAUGAACAAACUCCUCAGCCUUCCAGAGGAUUCCUUCUCCUCACUGAGCCUGUUGGUCCAACUCGACUUGAGCAGCAACAACCUGACCACCCUGUCAGAGGGGUCCCUAACAGGUCUGCUCAAUAUGACUGACCUGGAUCUUAGUCAAAACAUCUUAACUUCUCUUCCCUCCAAUGUCUUCAAAAGUCUGAUCAGCCUGAAGCUUCUGGAUUUGGACAGGAACAGACUGAAGUUACUUCCGGCAGAUGUUUUCAGUAACUUGACCCAUCUGCAGGAGCUGCAUCUGGACAACAAUAGCAUCUCUGACUUACCAGCUGGGUUAUUUGAUGCCCUGCACAAACUAAAAGAAUUACAGCUGUCGCACAACCACAUCCUGGAGCUCCACCAUACUAUCUUUGUUAAGCUCACGUCACUACAGAGGCUGAACUUGAAACAAAAUGCUCUGAAACACCUCCCAAAGGGAAUAUUCCACAUGUUAAAUGCCCUCAAAGAAAUAGAUCUGAGCAACAACCACAUUAAGUCCCUGCAUCCCUCAGUCUUCCAUGAUUUAGUGAGAGUACAGUCAGUGAGACUCUCCAGUAACCACCUCUCUUCUCUACACCCAGACCAGUUCAGAGACUUAACACAUUUAAAAGAAUUAAAACUAGAUGGAAACCACAUAGUUCAACUUCCUUCUAACAUCUUCAUGGGUCUCAGAAAACUUGUAACACUGGAUCUGGGUAACAAUAAUCUGUCUGAAUUGUCUGUUUCUGGCUUUGAAGGCUUGACCUGUCUUAAAGAACUCAGGUUGAGCUUCAAUCACAUUCAAAAAAUCCCUCUCAACACCUUUCAUUCCCUCCGAAACCUCCGCAGACUUCUGCUGCAGAACAACAGCCUGGAUAGUUUUCCCCAUCUGCUCUUUGUCCGGCUAUCAACACUAAGAGAACUAAAUCUGGAUGGAAACAAGCUGGCUCACCUGGAGCCUGGUGUCUUUCAAGGACUAGGAUAUCUCCGGAAACUGAGCCUGAAGUCCAACCAGCUCAGAACACUGCAAAGUGGGACUUUGGAGCCUUUGGAAAACUUUACCACUAUUUAUCUGUCAGGUAAUUUCUGGGAUUGCGACUGUGUGAAUAUGCUCUACGUCUGUAACUGGGUUACUAUCCACAGAAACAAACUAGCAGAUCAGCCAACCUGCUUCACAUCCUCUUCAUCAAAGUUUGUCUGUGAAAACUCAACCCUGACUGAAACCACACCACUUUCACAGUCUGCCCAGUUGCCCCUAUUCUUACUUGAUUAUUGCAUUACAAGUGCAGCAAGGGGUUCGUCUUCAUUUCCUGUUUCUGCACAUAAUGUCACAGCUGUUAGCACACAGUGGCUUCCUCUGACCUGGUUGCAUUCUCUAAAACCUUUUACAUUUUACAUUUCUCUGCUUUUUGAACUCGGUGCUUGAUUUUAAAGUAUAAUGAAUAUAAAAAAUUUUCAUUUUUGUGUCAUGUCAAAGUGUGCAAGCAGGAUUUGUGUAAAUUUAAGCACACAUUAGUGCUUUUCUGAGGUAAAAUUGUAAAGCCUUCACAUCUUGGAAAACCCCUCUUUUUAAGGCUGUAAAGGUUAAUCAUGUGCAGAGAUGAUGGCUUGUGAAUUUCUGUGUGUAUGUAUGCAUUUGUAAGUUUGAAGCUCUAUGCUGCUUUGUAUGCAUUAUGAGUCAAUAAAAGAA